AUGCAGCACAUGCAGGCCGCCGUUGAGGAAGCAUGUGCAGGAGUGCAGGCAGGAGAUGGCGGCCCCUUUGGAGCAGUUGUAGUUCGACAAGGGAAGGUCAUAGCUACUGGGCAUAAUAUGGUGUUGGCCACAAAGGAUCCAACCAUGCACGCUGAAGUAACGGCUAUCAGGAAUGCUUGCAAGGCGCUCAGUAAGUAA